GUCGAAUCAUCCCGCCUUGCUCGCAUCCAUAGUCUGAUCCCUGGACAAUCUCCCCGCUCCGUGCUCCGUCCAUCUCACCUGCUUUACCUCAAUACGGUCACAGCCUACCCCGCAUCACUCCCAAAAUCCCCUAUUCCUUCGCAGUCUAGAUAAGCCAUUCAACAACCAUGGCCGACGCAGAGCUUGAGGAGAUCAGACGCGCCCGUCUUGCGCAGCUCCAGCAACAGGGUGGCGCACGUGGUGGUUCAGACGGCAACCAGGAGGAACAGAGAAGGCAAGUUGAAGCUGAACGCCGCGCCACUAUUCUGAACCAGAUCCUCGAGCCCGAGGCCGCCGAUCGCCUGGGCCGCAUCCGCCUCGUCAAGGAAUCCCGCGCUGCGGACGUCGAAAACCGGCUGCUCAUGCUCGCCCAGUCCGGCCAAUUGCGCCAGAAGGUCUCGGAAGACCAGCUCAAACAGCUGCUGAACGCCAUGGCCGAGAACCAGCGCAAGGACGAGGAGGAGCACAAGAUUGUGAUCAGCCGGCGCGGCGGCUGGGAUGAUGAUGACGACCUUUUGGAUCUGUGAGAUGAUUUAGCGAAGGCGUUCAGUGCAAACUGAAUGCUUGCCAUGUUCAUGAUACCUCCGGCUCCAUUGAUGCUUGCGACCGCAGCUGAGUUUCUGCUAUCAAAAGUACUUUUGCCUUUACAUACCAGCCAGCUUUUCCACUUCUAUCAAAUAUUCCCCACAUGCAUUCAAGAAAUGAUCACCAAG